AUGUAUCGUUAUGCUUACGGUUUCUAUGGCUACAGGUCAAGAUACUCUCGAUACGACAGCGAUCGCCGGUCCCGGUCCCCUCGUGAUCGGUCUCUCGACCGAUACAAUGACCGUGGUUCCCAGUAUGGAGACAAUGACCGACGACGUUUGUCCGGCGAAGCGAGAGCAAAUCAGUCCGCCUUUCAAAGCAACCGAGAGAAUUUUCGCGACUCGCUAACUGGCCGGGAACCGCCUCGGGGGCCUAAAGCGCUCUUGGAUCCGCCGAGCGGCCCUAGAGGUGGGGGCUACACGGGUGAUUUUCGUGGUCGUGGGCGCGGUGGCCGCGGCCGAGGAUGGCGAGAUGAUAGUAGAGAUCGGGGCAGGGACCGCGACGAUUUUCGGGAUCGACGAGAUGGCCCCCCCUUCCGAGAUGAACGUAGUAGAGAGCGUGAGCGGGAUUGGCGUGAGCGAGACAAUUUCCGCGGCAGGAGACCAUCGCCACCAGGACGCGGCCGUUCGCCGCCGCCAGGACGAGAUUUUCGCGACAGGGAUGUGCCAUUAGGGGUCGACGCAGAUCGUUCAAGGCGCGGAUCACGGGAUGGACCCUUAUCUGCUGGUUCAUCAUCAUCCGACCCUGUCUUUGCGUCUCAGUCCUACCGCGGAGGAUUUGGUGGGCGAGGACGGGGCGUUCGAGGUCGCGGAGACUGGGAGCGUGCGCGUGGUCGUGGCGGCUACUAUGACGACCGGGACCAGCGGUACCCGAGGAGCCGUUCGCAAGAAGGUCGAUGGGGCCGGAAUGAUCGCGAUGACAGAGAUGUUCACCGUUAUCUCGACCCCGACCCUCGAGCUCGAGACCCGCGAGACGAGAGAGACAUGCGUGAUCGGGAACCUGUCCGCCCAAAGCCUGAUCGAUCCUCCGUGUCUCAUGAGGCUCCGACUCAAACCAAAGAUGUGUCACCUCCUCCCGUCGCGCCAUCUGCUCCUGCUUUUGGCUCCGUACCUAGUCGAACAACGUCUUCCGCGGAUAUUCAGUCGCUUACGGGCAAGGCCCCACCGACCGGACCCCGAGCAUUGACCGAGGAGCGUUCCGUGCCGGCCCCUCCGACUGGUCCAGCGGCUGACGUACGACCGCCGCCUCCGGGUCCGGGCAAAAUUGCGGCUCCGGAGGGAAGCCCUCCCAUCCCACUUGGACCACGUGCGCAGAUGCAAAAACAGAGGCCGUCUAGUAAGCAAUGGAUUAAUCCUAGCCUCAACCCCAAGAAGAUCCCGGAAACACCCAAAAUUGGCCGGUCACAGAGUUUUGUCUCUCCUCAAUCCAGGCCCUUCGGUCAGCGACCGGGCUCCUCCGGCUCCGACUUCCAAGCCGAGCUUGUCCGCCGUCCUCGUAGCAGCGACUCGAAAGCGGAGUCACAUCCAGACGCCGCAGACACCCGGCAUCCUUCAUUAUCCAUGACCGAGCCGGGAGAGAUUACAGAGGACACGUUCACCCCUUCGACAAGGACAUCCGUGGACCGUGAAAUGAGGGACGUCAUGACACAUGUGUCGAAGACUGAUAAUCGUGCCCCGGAAUCGAUUCCACAAAGUACCUCCCUAUCAGCACCGGUGAAGACCGCCAGUCCUAAGCUGGCAAAAAUCGAUGGUGCUCAUCCAGGAGCUACCAUAGGUUCCACCGCCGUCACGCGCACGGAGCAUCAGAAAAAGUCGAAACGGCCAAAGAUCAUUCAUGCACCAGUCCAGGAGCUCCCCGGUACGUCAAAAGGUACUGCUCGGGUACUGGCUGACCAAGGCUCGGAGUCGGAUGACGAAGACAUCGACGACUACUUCAAUCUGGAGAUAUCGAAAGCCGAGACAGAACUUCGACAACUGGAGGGCGAUGACACCUCUUAUUUGGAGACUGUGAUCACCCGUGCUGGAUUGGUCGAGGCCACAUUUGCACUAAAUGCCUUGAACCAGGAUGAAGGGUUGUUUAAAAUGCUGGAGCCGAUACCCGAAGACCUUGUCCUGCCUCGCAAAUCGAACGCCUCGGUAGCUGCAGAGAAGGAAGUCAGGUUAGGGGACGAUGCUGGCUUGCUGUCAGUUGCAGGCGCAGGAGACGCCACGAAGAACUCGCCGGAGUCAAAAACGGACAAAUCUCGACUUCAACCUAAGGAGGAGGAGCCAGAUGCAGAAGUUGGCCAAUUGCCAAUUCCUACUGUUGAGAAUGAUGAAGCGAGGCCGGACGUGGAUGUUGUGAUGAAGGAAGCUGCUGAGCAUGUUGACGCUCUCAAAGCGGCAUUCUCGACCCGAAAGACCGAUAAGUCGCUCGAGGCAGAAGGAUCGCCGAGUAUUCACCCUGAUGGCCCUCAGCAUUCUCGACCUUCGAGCCCUUCGCACGAGGAGGAGGAUGACGACGCCACAGAAAUCGAGGAAAUUGAUGACGCGGCCAUCGAGAUUGUUCGCACCUACAUGAAAACUCCCCCAAUCGACGAACUCCCAGAUUUCACCUGCACGCCUUGGUACCAAGACAAGCAGUUUAUCAAGGCGGAAGCACCCUCUACCGCUGUCGACACGUUCAUUUUGAAAACCAUGAAAGAGGAGAACUCGGUCAAACUGGCGCAGCAGCAAGGCGCGCAGAAAGAUUAUGGCGACAAGUACAGAAUCUAUCUCGAGUUCACCCUAUCUGACGACCCUCUCGCUGUUAAGAGCCGCGAGAAGUUCACUGGGGGUGCGCCUAUUCCCGAGACGAAUGGCGUGCAGCACGCACCAGCUGAAUCCAAGCCCGAGGGCAGGGGUUUGGGGCGACGAUUUGCAUCGGAACGAGAUCUUGAACGGAUCCUCCAGGAGUCUAUGCGUGCAGAAGAGGAACGCCGGGAGAGGGAGGAACGUGCUCAGAGAGAAAAGUACCGGAGUGAGAAGGAAGCCGAGAUUCCCGAGAUGUACUGGACAGAAGACGACCGUGUCAAGGACUUGUACAUCGACAGGACCGGCAACCUGCCCGUGGCAAAGCUUGCCGCUACUUGGCAACUCCUUCCGCCUGUCGUCAACUUCACCGAGGAAGAGGCAGCGCUGUUCGAGAAGGCAUAUCUCGAAUUUCCCAAACAGUGGGGCCGCAUCGCGGAGCAGGUCCCAACGCGAGACUUCCACGAUUGCAUUCAGUAUUACUACUCCCAGAAGCGUGAUCUUAAUCUUAAGGAGAAGCUCAAGAAGCAGCCUAGGAGGCGCAAGAAGGGAAGUCGCAAACAAAGGUCCAGCGCUUUGGUGUCCGAAUUGGGUAACGGCGAGAACGAGACUGAGGAGAACCAUGAGACUGGCGAGAAUGGGGAGAGGCGCAGGCCUCGCCGUGCUGCCGCGCCGACCUUCAACUUCGAGGCGACGCCCGCUGCCGAUUCGGACGGAAACACCCCUGCCGGGACCCCUGGUCGUCGCAGGGGUGCAGCCAACGAGUCCAAGAAUGACAGUGGUGCUGAGAAGCCAGAGGGAGGCCGAAGAGGUCGUAAGAGAGCAACCAGAGAGAAAGAGCCAAAGCAGCCGAAGCAGGCUCAGGUGCUGGUGCCCACGCCGCCUGCCACUGCCAAAGCAGCGCGAUCUCGUUCCAACUCACGGGCGCAGACACUGGAUCUGGCUGCGUCGCAGGCCCCCGCAGAAGCGUCACGCCUAGCUGCCCAAUUCGAACCCCCCUCGGUUGGUAUGCAAGCUCCAAUUGGGGCACCGCCUCCAAUCGCUGGACCAGACAGGACAGCUCCGACGGCUCCUUCAUCCAUAUCGGAGGUCAUGGCCCCUCCUUCACUUCGCCCGGAGCCUCCACCGCCCCAAGUGGGAAUGCCAACCUUUGAGCUCUCCCAGCCGGAUCGCGUUCGCACACCUCAACAGGCAUCCAGCUACUGGAGCGUCUCUGAGUCAAACGACUUCCCUGCUCUGCUUCGUUCCUUUGGAACGGAUUGGAGCUCUAUUGCCGCUCAUAUGCAAACAAAGACGGCCGUAAUGGUUAAAAACUACUACGUCCGACAGAAAGAUGGCGGUAAGGCGGAGUGGGAGAGAAUCGCGACUGACGCUGAUGCCAAGCGAGCUCGUGGAGAGAAACGACCAGCGCCUCCUACGCCUACUACUGGGCCGAGAAAGAGAUAUGAUACGCCUCAUGCUAAUCCAAGGCCAUUGGCUGCAGCCGAUACACUCGAGGAUGUCAUUCCCUCCAAGGCCGACGCCUCGGCUUCACAAGGACUGGGCCAGGCUCUGAAUCGUUUCCAGGUCCCCGUGGCCAUCGCUUCAGCGCCUCCUAGCCAAGCAGCUCUUGGACCAGCAGGGGCGGCCCCGCCGUUGAGCGCACAGCAGCAUACCAGCCCGCAAGUGGCAAACCAAGCAAUGUCGCCGACGACGCAUCCUCUAAGGCCACCCGUUGCACAGUUUGCGUUUGGUGACCGAGAGGCUGAGGCUUCGCUGCACCAACCAGCCCGCACCAGCCAGAAGCCAGCCCCUGCACCUAUCUCAGAAUCGAUCCAACAACGCCCCGCCUGGACGAAUGACGUUGAUGCACAGCUUCAAUCACUGGCGCAGAGACAAGCACAGCGACAGAUGCAGCAGAGGGAAGAGCCGCGACUGUUGGACCAGCUUCGUCUCAAACAAGAGCCUGAUGUUGCCCACACCCACGAGCCGUUUGCUUCUCAGGGUCCGAGUCGUGGAGCUUUAAGGAGUGAACCAUUCUCGGCUCGGCCUCGUGCCAAUAUUGCUCCGUCGCAAGCGUAUCCCGCUACCCAACCAGGCAUGAGAACGAUGAUGGGUGAGCCCGUUACCACCACACCUCAGCCUCCCAUCCACCGAUCGGCAGUGGCAGAGGCCUAUGGUCCCCCGUCUUCGCAGGCUUCUACUCCAUCUGCGCCACCACCUAGCCGCGCGCCGGAGAAGAGAUCCAAUCUCAUGGCUCUGCUCAACGACGAUCCACCUCCAAAGAGGGUCAGCGAGGUUACCUCAGCAGUGAAGCCAUCGCCUACCCCGCCACCAAGCAUGGCUUCACGACCACCGCCACCGGCUGGGCCUGCGCCGUCCCAACUGCGCCGUGAGCCGGAGCCGGCCGGCUACUCCCCUUAUUCCCGGAAUGUGCCUCCACAGGCUUCUAUGCCAAGUCUGAAACCCUACAGCAACCAGUCUCCUCAGCCUCAACAGAUGAACCUUCAGCGCCCUCCAAUCAUUUCGCCGAUCGAAUCCGCCUCGGCCGAACGAGACUAUUACUCCCGCCACCCAUAUCAGCCUCAGCAUCAAGGGCCUCCAUCGAGUUCACCACAAGUUCACCACUACCCCCCGCCAGGGCAGCAGCAGCAGAUGGGCUAUCAAGCACCUCCGCCUUCGUAUUCGGCUUACAAUACCGGCGUCUCCCAGCCACACUCGGCUUCGCCGACGCCCCAGUAUGCUGGACAUCCGUCCUCCGCUUCUGGCCGCAGGGAGCAGCCACCGCCCAGCAGAGAGACUGCCUGGCCCACGCCAGAUUCUCGGGGGCCCCCUCAGCCGAGUGCCUGGCCGCAAAACGCUCCCCCGAAAGCCAGUCAGCCGCCGGCUCAGUCGGCUUGGGGCGCGCAGCACGGCGGUCCUCCAAAGCCCACCGCUCCAAACUCAUCGAUGCCGCAACAGCCGUCGUGGGCGGCAGGUGGUGCUUCACAGCAGCAGCCUCCUCCUCAUCAUAUGAGCAUGCGAGAUGACCGCGGCGGGCCUGGGUACCCCGUCCACGACGGGCGGCCGCAACAUCAGCACUCGCACUCUCUCGGUAGCCGGUACUCGUCGACCCCCGGACCUCGCCCCGGCGAGGGUCCGCAGCCGCCGCCCCCUCAAGGUCCCUACCAGAGGUACUCCAACACCCCUGGCCCGCCUCAAGGCAGGGACCUCAGGGACCCGGGACCGCCGCGCAGCUACACGCCCGUAAGCGCGUACGACUCAAGGGGCCCGCCGCCGCCGCCGCCACCGGGCCCGCCCUACGGGUCGCAGGACGUGCACAUGCGGGACAUGGGACGGGACCCGCGCGGGGAUCCAAACCAAGGCCCCGGGAUGCUGCAGAGGACGCUGCGGCCUCAUGACGAGUACGGUCGGCCGCCUGAUAAUCGGUAUCGUUGA